GGUUUCCCUUAGCAGAAGUUUUUAACGAUAGUAAAAUUGAAAUAUUUGGGGCUAUAUAAAAGAUUCAUGGAGGCGUAGAGAAAAAACAUGUUCUUCUGAGGGGUCUUCUUUCUUCCCUGAGAGAGGUAACGGAAUUGAACAAUGGCGCAAUUCUGGAAACCAGGGACGGAGAAACCUGAUGCUCAGGUUGUAGACGACGAAGAAGGCGGUGUUCUAUUCAUACCCGGUUCUAACUCACUUUCUUCUUCUUCUUCUGGUUAUGGCUACGCUAGUAUCGAGAAACAACGCCAACGCUUACCUGUCUACAAGUACCGCAACGCCAUUCUCUACUUGGUGGAAACUCACGCCACUACCAUCAUCGUCGGUGAAACCGGUAGCGGUAAAACCACACAAAUCCCUCAGUACUUGAUAGAGGCGGGUUGGGCAGCCGGUGGAAGACUCAUUGCUUGUACUCAACCUCGACGACUCGCUGUUCAGGCUGUUUCUUCUAGAGUUGCUCAAGAGAUGGGAGUUAAACUCGGUGAUCAAGUUGGAUACACUAUUAGGUUUGAAGAUGUCACUAAUCAAGACGAAACGGUUUUAAAAUUUGUAACCGAUGGGGUGCUCCUGAGGGAGAUGAUGAAUGACCCUCUUUUGACAAAAUAUAGUGCUAUAAUGGUGGAUGAAGCUCACGAAAGGUCCAUUUCAACUGACAUCUUACUUGGACUAUUGAAAAAGAUCCAACGACGUCGACCAGAGUUGCGAUUAAUUAUUGCAUCUGCUACUAUUGAAGCAAAAUCAAUGGCUGACUUCUUUCGCCCAAGAAAAAAACGCCGAGAACCUGAAAAUGAGGAGAAUGGACUAAAAGUUGAACCUGCAAUCUUAUCAGUGGAGGGAAGAGGCUUCAAUGUACAAAUUAAUUUUGCUGAGGAACCUGUCCAAGACUAUGUUCAGGCUGCUGUUUCAACAGUACUCUUGAUCCAUGAGCGGGAAUCCACUGGAGAUGUUCUAGUAUUCCUUACUGGUCAAGAUGAUAUUGAUGCUGCUGUUCAUUUAUUCAAUGAAGAAAUUCAAACUAAUAGAAAGCGCUCUUCAGGAUUGGUUGUUUUGCCUCUCUAUUCAGGACUCCCACGUGCUGAUCAAGAAUUAGUGUUCACUCCAACUGCUAGAGGAAAGAGGAAAGUAGUAAUUUCUACCAAUAUAGCAGAAACAUCACUCACGUUGGAGGGUAUUGUCUAUGUUGUUGACAGUGGAUUCUCAAAACAGCGGUUCUACAAUCCGAUCUCUGAUAUUGAAAAUCUGGUUGUGGCUCCAAUUUCUAGGGCUUCUGCUAAACAAAGAGCUGGUAGGGCUGGACGAGUUCGACCAGGAAAAUGUUACAGGCUAUAUACAGAAGAAUAUUUUCUUAACCACAUGUCUAACGAGGGAAUUCCAGAGAUACAGAGAUCAAAUCUAGUCUCCUGUGUAAUCCAGUUAAAAGCUUUGGGGAUUGAUAAUAUAUUGGGCUUUGACUGGCCAGCAUCUCCAUCACCUGAAGCAAUGAUCCGAGCACUGGAAGUUCUCUACUCACUUGGGAUCUUGGAUGAUGAUGCCAAGCUUACUUCACCAACUGGAUUCCAAGUUGCAGAAAUUCCACUUGACCCUAUGAUCUCCAAAAUGAUAAUAGCUUCCAGCCAACUUGGAUGUUCAGAGGAGAUAAUCACAAUUGCUGCGGCUCUUUCCGUUCAAUCUAUCUGGAUAUCAGCGAGAGGGAUACAAAAGGAAUCAGAUGAAGCAAAAUUGAGAUUUGCCGCUGCCGAGGGUGACCAUGUAACAUUUCUUAAUGUAUACAAGGGUUUUCAUCAGUCUCGUAAAUCGUCACAGUGGUGUCACAAGAACUUUGUUAACUACCAUGCCAUGAAAAAGGUUGUUGAAGUUAGAGAACAACUCAAAAGAGUUGCACAGAGGAUAGGCUUAGUCUUAAAAUCUUGCGAAAGUGAUAUGCAGGUUGUUAAAAAAGCAGUUACUGCUGGCUUUUUUGCUAAUGCAUGUCGUCUUGAGCCAUACAGUCAUGAUGGGAUGUACAAGACGUUAAGAGGGUCAGAAGAAGUAUAUAUUCACCCAUCAUCAGUGCUAUUCAGAGUAAAUCCAAAGUGGGUUAUUUUCAAUUCUCUAGUAUCAACUGAUCGGAAAUAUAUGCGUAAUGUGAUGACAAUAGAUCCUUCAUGGCUAUUGGAGGCUGCUCCUCACUUCUACCAGCUACAACAACCUAAUCUUCUUCAUUGAUUGCCUUUGUAACAUAUAAAGUCACAGUUUGGGUAGAGCAGAUUAACCAGUGAUGCGGGUAUUAAGAUAGAAACUUUCCAUUACUCUUGUGUAAUUUAUGGAAAGAAAUUUGGUGCGGUUGAUGUAAGUCUAAUUACAAGGACCCCUGUCAAACAAAAAAAAGUCUACUUACAAGGAAUAGCUGAGAUUCGCAAUAUGGAAACACUGAAAAAAAUUCUUUACUAUCAGUGUAUAUAACAGAAUAUACUAUGAGUCUACACAAAGCUGCUAUGGUAUGGUGAAUCACAUUUUCUCUUAUUUUCUCCCCCUCUUUUGUGUGUUGUAUUGUUUGUUGUAAUUACUUCCUACACGUUAUGCUCUUUCUGACUCAUGCUCCUUUUAAUCCGAACUAACUUAACGUUAUAUAAAGCAUAUUUUAGUAGUCCAUAUAUUUUGAAAGUUGUUGUAUAAAUGAGAAUACAUGAUACAUUAUUCAUUCCCUUUUGUUCUUAGCUAACAAGCUCAGUUGUUGGAUGAA